AUGCCUUCGGAAGAUGGCGCUGUAACCUCGAAUGCGGCUCUUGCUGACGAGCUGGAAGCCUUGAACGCGAUUUACAAUCCAGAAACCCUCGUAGUUGAAAGCGACGGCUCAACCUCCGGCUCCAGUGCCAAUCCCACCGAGGCUGCGACCACCGCAGUUCUGCGACUACCAGAUCUUCCGUUUUCCUUCCUUGUGACCUUCCCCGGGGACUAUCCCGAUGUACCUCCCACGAUCGUCGGGACACAAUCGACAGGAGGCAGUGGAAAAGGCGAAGGGGAGGCGGCGGUGACGGUAUUGCGGGAGGUGCUUGGACGAGUCUGGACGCCUGGGCAGGUGUGUCUAUUUGAUCUGGUGGAAGAAGCUGGACCCAUAGUGCAGGAACACCAGCAGCAGCAUGGCUCGGCUCAAAAUUACUCCCAAGAUGCUACGAACAGGUCCGAGCAUGAACACCACCACUACUCUCCUCCUUCCACCACCGAUGAUGGCUUGGACCAGAAGCUUAUGGAUUUGACUCUGACUGGUGCUUCUGAUCCCACAGCUGCCGCGUCGAGCUCGACCAUAACGCCUCCGGCGUGGACCAUGUCGGAGCCCUUGACGGUGAACAAAUCGACCUUUGUCGCACGAGCGUGUCCUGUCUCGUCAUUGCCUGAGGCCAUGGACUCGAUAUCUCAUCUGCUGGCUACGAAUAAAAAGGUGGCGGGGGCUACUCAUAAUAUAACUGCCUGGAGGAUUCAGGGCAGCAAUGUUCAGUCGUCGCAGUCGCAGCAACAUAAAGGCAAUGGCCCUGCUUCCACAAUGACCACGAUUCAAGAUUGCGAUGAUGACGGUGAGACUGCCGCAGGCGGCAGAUUGUUGCAUCUCAUGCAGUUGAUGGACGUUUGGAACGUUCUGGUCGUCGUCACGAGAUGGUAUGGAGGCGUCAAGUUGGGCCCGGAUCGGUUUCGACUGAUCAAUCAGGUUGCGAGAGAAGCUCUGGUUAAAGGAGGCUUUGUUAAGGAUGAAGCCGACAAGGAGAAGGAGAAGACAAAAGGAAAGGGUAAAGGCAAGAAGUGA